AUGCCGCGCAAGGAGCGCUCCAGCCGGGGACAUGCGAAGCCUUCCGGCUCGCGGCGCCCGGAUCAGCCGUCCGCGUUCGAGCGGCUGAUUGAGAGCGUGCCAGCAGUGCUCGAGAGCCUGCCCGACGAAGCGCAGCACCGCGUCGCCGCGACCUCCUGGGCGUGCCUCCUGGCUCUCCUCCAGCACACGUGCCACACCAUCGACCUCCACUGGAACGAGGUCGCGCCUGGCGGAACCCUCGCAGGCCUCGCACAGCGCCUCGAGCGACGCAGCGUGCCCGUGCCCGGGAGUUUGCGAAUUGGCAUCAUUCACCGAGACUCCCUGGGGAACCCGCGAGACCACGGAGGCCCUCCGUACGAGGGCCACUCGCACGCCUGCUUCGCCGCAGACGACGCCGCGGCGCUGCUCGAGGCGUUCCGGGACCUGCAGGAUGCGGGCACGCGCCAUCUGCGGAAAUUGAUGAGCAACGCCGACAUGAUGAACAGCCCUCUCCGGGUGCGGGGCCUGUACGACUGGUCCUUCAGCCCUGACGCGACAAAGCCCGGCAGCAGGACGAUCAUGGGCGUGCUGCAGCGUCCGGCGGUGCAGGAGCAGCUGCGCGACCUGCGCGUGCGGCACUUUGCGCUGGCCGGCGGAGGCUGCAAGGCGCUCUCGCGCUGCCUGGCGGGGGCGAGCAAUCUGCACACGCUGCACUUCUGGGACCAUAAGAUGAGCACCGCGGGCGUCGUUGCGCUGGCGGGCAGCCUGCGCGGCCUGCGUCACCUCCGGACGUUCAAGAUCCGCUCGCCUGGCAGCAUCCGCGCGGCGGGCGUUGUGGCGCUGAUGGAGAUGCUCGAAGGGUCGCCGAUCGAGGACUUCACGAUGGACGGGCACGACGACGUCGGUCCGGAGGGCUGCGCGGCGGUGGAGCGCAUGCUGAAGAACACAAGCACGCUGCGCAGGCUGUUGCUGAGCAUGGCUAGGCACGGUACUUCUCUCGAUGGGAUCGUAGUCGGCCCGCCGUCAACGUGCAAAGGGCUUGGCGGCGCGCUGGGCGCGGGCCUUGCGUCGAACGCGACGGUGAAGGAAAUUCACCUCGAAUUCGAGCCACUGGGCGGGGAGGACGGCACCGCGUUCGCGCGCGGGCUGGAGACGAACCGGACGCUGGAGACGCUCCUACUGGAGAAUUCCGCGCUCGGCGACGCGAGCGUGGAGGCGCUGGGGCAGGCGCUCGGCGAGGGGUGCCCCGUCAAGGACCUGGCGCUGAUCUACAACGCGUUCGGCGCGGGGGGAAGCGGGUUCGCGCGGGGGGUGUCCAGCAGCUCGCAUCUUGUGCAGCUUGAAAUCGCAGGGGCGCCCGACUUCGGCGACGACGAGCUGGCUGCCCUCGCUCACGAGCUCGAGACGGGCGCGGUCGGGCAGGUGCUGCAGCAGCUCAGCUUGUGCGACACGAACACCGGGCCGGAGGGCGUGGCUGAGCUGUCAGCUGCUCUAUUGGGCAACACAACGCUGCGCGUGCUGAAACUGUGCGAGAACCCCCUCGGCGACGAAGGGGUCAGCGAGUUGGUCGGCAACGGAUUCCUGAGAUUCAACAGGACGCUCGAGGUCCUUGUGUUGCGGGAUGUGGGCAUGUCUGAUGAGGGCAUCAUGUGGCUGGGCACCGGGCUCGCGGGCAACGUUACGUUGCGGGAGCUGCACGUGCCGUGCAAUUACAUCACGGCUAGCGGCCUCGACAGGCUGGUGGCGAGCUGGUUCAUCCGCGAGCCCUCGAUUCAAAUUGAGGAGUUGUACCUGGGAUACCAGGGCGAGGCCGAACAGGUCCCGGACAAGAACGACGAGAUCGUUCGGUGCAUCUACGAAGCGGUGAGCCGCUUCGGGUGGCCGCUGCGGGUGCUGGGCAUGCAGCGCUGGCGGGGCCUGCGGAUGUGGACGCUGCGAAGAAUGCGGGCGUGGGGGUGCGAGGUGCUCACGGGCGAGGACGAGGACGAGGAGUGA